CAAAAGAAAAAUGGGAAGCGUGUAAAUCGGUAGCAUUGUAGCAUUAUUUAUUAUCUUUUAAAUACGAUAAAUUAGUGGAUUUAUUCUCUUUAAAUAUAGUAGAUAGAGGAUUUAAUAAAAUGAUGACCACAGAUGAACGUUUACAUAUUGAUUGGGGUAAUGAUAAAUUACAUAGGACACAAAAGCAAGUUGAAAGGAAUCCUUACGACUUAGAAUCGUGGUCUAUUCUUCUUAGGGAAGCCCAAACUAAACAUAUUUCAGAAGUUCGUGCCCUCUAUGAACAUUUGAUUGGGAUUUUCCCAAGUGCUUCCAGAUAUUGGAGGAUAUACAUUGAACAUGAGAUGAAGGCAAGAAAUUUUGAAAGAGUUGAGAAGCUUUUUCAACGAUGUUUGAUGAAGAUUUUAAAUAUCGAAUUGUGGAAGUUAUAUCUCAACUAUGUAAAGGAAACAAAGGCGUCUCUUCCUACCUACAAGGAAAAAAUGGCCCAAGCCUAUGAUUUUGCCCUCGAUAGAAUUGGAAUGGAUAUUCAUUCGUAUUCUGUCUGGAACGAUUAUGUGAACUUUUUAAAAGGGGUUGAGGCCGUUGGUUCCUAUGCAGAAAAUCAGAAGAUCUCGGCUAUUAGAAAAGUAUACCAAAGAGGUAUUAUUACACCAAUGACGGGAAUGGAAACAUUUUGGAAGGAUUACAUUGCAUUUGAACAGAAUAUAAAUGCUAUAAUUGCUGAAAAAAUGAGCAUUGAACGAAGCAGAGACUAUAUGAACGCUAGGCGAGUGGUAAAAGAACUAGAAGUUCAAAUUCGAGGCAUCAAUAGAAAUGCUCCAAGUGUUCCUCCAAGUGCUAGUCCAGACGAAAGAAAACAAGUGGAACUGUGGCAAAAGUAUAUUGCUUGGGAAAAGAGCAAUCCUCUACGAACUGAAGAUACGGCUCUACUGACUAAACGAGUGGUUUUUGCCCUUGAACAAUGUUUACUAUGUCUUGGACAUCAUCCUGACAUUUGGUACCAAGCCGCACAAUUCUUAGAAUACAGUUGUAAGAUUUUGGCAGAGAAGGGGGAUGUAAAUGCGUCCAAAUUGUUUAGUGAGGAAGCUGCAAAUAUGUUUGAACGUGCUACGAGUACAUUGCUUAGUAAAAAUAUGCUUCUGUAUUUUGCUUAUGCAGAUUAUGAGGAGGGAAGACUGAAAUAUGAAAAAGUGCACCAAAUUUAUAAUAAAUAUUUGGAAACCAGCGAUAUCGAUCCUACACUGGCAUACAUCCAAUACAUGAAAUUCGCCAGAAGAGCAGAAGGCAUUAAAUCUGCGAGAGCUGUUUUUAAGAAAGCUAGAGAAGACAAUCGCUCUAAAUACCACUUAUUCGUAUGUGCGGCGUUAAUGGAAUACUAUUGCAGUAAAGACAAAAAUAUUGCUUUUAGAAUUUUUGAACUUGGUCUUAAAAAAUUUGGCGCUAUUCCCGAAUAUAUUACUUGUUAUAUAGAUUAUUUAUCGCAUUUGAAUGAAGAUAACAACACCAGGGUAUUGUUCGAAAGAGUAUUGUCAUCUGGAAGUUUGGAGCCUGAAAAAUCUGUCGAUAUUUGGAAUCGAUUUUUAGAAUUCGAAAGUAACAUAGGGGAUUUACAAUCCAUUGUUAAAGUGGAAAAGAGAAGAUCAGAAGUUUUGUCAAAAAUUAAGGAAUUUGAAGGCAAGGAAACCGCUCAAUUAGUAGACAGAUACAGAUUUUUGGAUCUCUUUCCAUGCACACCUCAAGAACUGAAAAGUAUUGGAUAUACCGAGGUAAUCAAUAUAACUGGAGCUGCUGGAAAAAAUCACAUUUUACAGUCAAUAAUAGAAUUCGAGCCAGAUUUACCUCUACCUGUACCAGAUUACUCGCAAAUGAUACCUUACAAACCAAAGGCUAAAGCUUUGCCAGGAGAACAUCCAGUCCCAGGGGGUACCUUUCCAAUGCCGCCAGCUGCAGCUCACUUAUGUACUUUAUUGCCACCUCCUACUUGUUUUAGAGGACCAUUUGUUCAUAUAGAUAUACUUAUGGAUAUCUUUAACAGAAUUUACCUACCAGAAAACUUCCCAACACCCGCAGAAAGUAACGGCGACGUCCGUCUUUUUGAUCUUGCGAAAUCUGUUCAUUGGAUCGUAGAAGAAGGUGGUGGUAUUGGCUUGAAGAGAAGGAAGAGGACGGGUAUAGGACUCGAUGGAUCAGAUGACGAAGACGCACCAUUACCACCAACUAAUGACAUAUACAGGCAGAGGCAGCAAAAAAGAGUUAAAUAAGCUGCCUUAUACUUUAUAUUUUUAUGUGUAUUUCGUUAGAUUAUUGCUGUAAGAUUAGUAUUUUGUACCAAUAGAAAUAAAAUAUAAACAAUAUUUCCUGUCUCCUAUAAUAAUAUAAAUAAAUAUUGACAUUUAUUAA